AACAAAAUCAAAACAAAACUGAAAUUCCGGCACGUGUCCGCCCGCGGUCUGAGAAAUUAAAACAGCCGAUUGCGUUGCAUUUUGUUCCGUUUGUGAAAUCAACUACCGAGAGUAAACAUGAGCUCGAAUCCAUCGCCGGAACAAUCACUGGACAAGCAGCCCCCAGCGCCGCAACAACAACCAGUUCCGCCUGCCAACAUUCACGCCGGCUUCGAUCCGCACUCGGGCCAGAGCUGGCUGUUUCCGGUGGACUUUGUGACGCCGGACUAUCUGCCGCUGAUCGUGGAGAAGACGCUGUACCACAACUCGCUGGUGAUCCUGCCGAACCGGUUCGAGGUUUCGUUCGUGGCGGCGGUCGUAAUGCACAACGUUUACCGCUGGUACCCGUUCGGGAAGGUCGUGUUUAUCUGUUCGAACCGGAAGGCCACCCAGGACCAGCGGGCGGCCUGCGAUCGGUUGAUGAAGUUCGUGCCGUCGGAUGUGGUGGACAUGGCGCUGAAGCCGCAUGAACGGGUUCGGAACUGGGCCACGAAGAGGGCGUUUUUUAUAACGUCGCACACGAUGGCCGGGGAGAUGGCCCGCCAGGAGGCGGAACGGGUUGCCAUGCGGAAGAUUAAGCUGGUUGUGAUUGAGGACCCGCAGCUGGACGUGCGAGCGCACUCGGCGAUCAUUCAGAAGCUGACGGAGAUGGGGGCUAACUUCCGGGUGCUUUGCGUGACGACUACGCACGGGAAAACGGUGGAACCGGCUCAGCUAAAGCAGUGGCACAUUUCGAACAUUGAACUGCAGUGGGGCAAUCCGCAGGAGAAGCCUGACGAGUGGCUCAUGAACAAGAAGGAGAUCAGCAACAUUGUGACGGUGCUCGGGACUGUGAUGGACGGUUUGCUGGCCGAACUGCAGCUGCUGACCCAGCGGUACCUGGCCAACCUGCACGCCUGCAAGCAGAUCGCCAACACGAGCCUCUUCGAGACCAUCACGGCGGACCACAUCCGGCAGGAACGAACCCGCUACGAGCUGUCCGUGCUGACCGGGGUGGUGCGGAAGAAUCACUUCGAAGUCAUGCGCAACUUCCACAUGGCCGAGAAGCUGGUGCUGGCCCACCGGAUCUUGGCCCGGGACGGUGUCGUUGCGCUGAUGGACUACUUUCACCUGCAGAACGAUGCGCUCGGUCAGGCGGACAGCGAGCUGACGGCGUUCCUGCACAAGGUCCGGCAGGGCGUCUACACCGCGCCGCAUCCCAAGUUUACCACGUUGGACAACUUUUUGCGGGAGUUCUUCCAGCAACGCACGUCUGUGGUGGCGGCGGCCCUCCGAAUCCUGAUCGUGGUCGAACGCACCGACGCGGUCCUGCUCGUGAACCGCAUCCUCAAGAACAUUCCGGAAUCGAAGCACCGCUGCCUGAUUGACAGCAACUACGCCAGCUACGUGGACCAGUUCCGCACCGGCGAACUGAACGUGCUGGUCGUCCCGGUCGAGAUCGAACCGUCCAUCGAGCUGGGCCACACCGAUCUGGUCGUGCUGUUCAACAUCACCGAUCACCCCCUGGAAUUCCUCUGCCACAUUGCGCGCACCCGGGGCGGCCAACCGGGCGCCAUCGUGACGAUGACCACCGAAGGCCCCGAACAGGAGGAAAUCACCGAAAUCAUCAACAACCGGCGGAUGCACUACUACGAAAACCGCGACAUUCUCCCAAUCGGCGUCGACCUGUCCGACAGCAUGGUCCGCGGCUCACCGGCACUGAUUCCGCCCGGCUUCCAGCCCAAGGGACGCCACGUGCUGUUCAACCGGCAGGCGACGACGGUCGUCGAGGCGACCUCUUCCUGCGCCUCCCCCUCCCCCACCCUGUUGCCCAUCUCUCCGCAGCUGGUCGUGGCGGAGAAGCGGCGCGUGCUCGAAGUCCUUUCGGACAGUCCGGCCACGUACGACGCCAUCAACGGGUGCACCUACUACCAGGUGAUGCAAGUGCCCAGCCAGCCGUCGCUGGUGCGAACGCCCGGGGACAAACAGGAAGCCGAGGAGGCCAAGUCCCCGGGAGGGGGGCAGUGACUGUGUUUCUUUUUUGUUUCUGUUACUAUUUUUUAGAGAAAAGUUUCCUGUUAAGUUUUUUUUUGCCGCCCAACCUGACUGUACUCCGAGUUUGGGAGUAUUCGAUGUCUAAAAUUUAAAUUAAAUAGAAAACACCACGAAGGAUGUUUGUUUCGAAA